UGUUGACGCAGCAGAUCUCCAGCUGCUCUGGAUGGAUCGCAGCCACUGCGCAGCCGCAGACGGAGCGUUUGUAGAUCUUGGACCUUUUCCGGGACAUGCUAGAGAACCAGAAGUACAGGUUGAUGUUUCAUCUCGUCCUCUGGUUCCUCUGCAAGGAAAUAAUUGAUGAAGAGUCACUGGAGCUGCUGCUAACCGGCUGUUUUUAACACUGAUAUUAUGUUUCAAGUGGCUCUGUUUUAACACGGAAACAGCUGAAGUGUUUUAUACUCUCGGAGGAGAAAACUAAUAUUGUUUCUGUCUGUUAUUCUGCUGCUGUUGACAGUCCAAAGUUCAUCAUUACAGGCUGAACAGAAACCCUCUCAAUGGCAUCCUGUCCAACAACAAUCCCUCCCUGCCGUCCCAACAAUGAGCAGCAGAAAGCCUCCAGCUCCAACUGAAGAAUGGCGAGGUUCAGACGCAAAUCUUGCAUCACAUUAAUUGCUCUGGUGCUGCUGGUGCUCAUAAUAACGGUGGUCCUGAAGGCGCUGACUCCAGAAGACUCUGGGUUCAGCAGCCCUGUGGGCGCCGAGCUGUCUCCGGAGAGAAACAAUGACAAUCAGAUCCAGAGGGAAAACAACAAUAAAGCCGACCAGACUAAAAUGAACGACUCGGCUCAGUCAGACAAGCUGGAGGCGACUCUGAGGAGGUUCCCUCCUCCAAACUACUACGUCCACGCCUUCUACUACGGCUGGUACGGGAACCCCAAGUUUGAUGGCAAAUACAUCCACUGGGACCACCCACAGCUGCCCCACUGGGACACCAAGGUGGCUCAGGGGUACCCACAGGGGAGACACGUCCCGCCUGAUGAUAUCGGCUCCAACUUCUACCCCUCUUUAGGUCCUUACAGCUCCAGGGACCCCUCCAUCAUAGAGUCUCAUAUGCAGCAGCUACGCACAGCAGCUAUUGGCGUCCUUGCUCUCUCCUGGUAUCCUCCCACUAUGAAGGACGAUAACGGAGAGCCAGUGGACGACUUUGUGCCUUUACUGCUGGAAGUGGCUCAUAAAUACCACGUUAAGGUUGCGUUUCACAUCGAACCGUACAAAGACAGAGAUGAAGUCAACAUGUUCACUAACGUCAAAUACAUCAUUGAGAAGUACGGAGAGCAUCCUGCUUUCUUCAAGUACCGGACCAACACUGGUAAGCUCCUCCCUCUCUUCUACGUGUACGACUCGUACCUGCUGAACUCGGAGCAGUGGGCCAAGCUGCUGAAACACACGGAGAGCAGCAGCAUCAGGAACGGCCCGUACGACGCCAUCUUCAUCGCCCUGCUGGUGGAGGAGAAACACAAACGGGACAUCCUGACCGCCGGCUUCGACGGCCUCUACACUUACUUUGCCACUAACGGGUUCUCCUACGGAUCCACUCAGAGAAACUGGGACUCUGUCAGAGCUUUCUGUGAAGACAACAACCUGAUAUUCAUCCCCAGCGUGGGUCCCGGCUACAUCGACACCAGCAUCCGACCCUGGAACUUCCAAAACACUCGAAACCGCAUCAACGGCAAAUACUACGAGACCUCUCUGAGUGCUGCGCUGCAAGCCAGGCCUGAUUUCAUCUCCAUUACGUCUUUUAAUGAAUGGCACGAGGGCUCUCAGAUUGAAAUGGCAAUCCCCAAAACAGCUCAGACUGUUUAUCUAGACUACCUGCCCAAUAAACCUGCAAUCUACCUGGAGAUAACUCGCAAAUGGGCUGCCAUAUUCGGGGGCGAGAGGAGAAAAUGGCAGGAUUAAUCAGACUCAGAGCCAUCAGAUGUUUAUUCAUGGUUGUUUAACCCUUUGAUGCACAACAAGGGUCUAAAGCAACAUGGUCUCACAGGAAUCCGUGGAAUAGCCACGGAAUCACUCAAAUUUCCGUGAAAAGUUAAUGACAGUCAUAUCCCGUGGCUAUUCCAACAUACAAAGUGAUUAUGUACAUUCACUGAGUGAAUAUUUAGAAGAUAAAACAUAUAUUUCUCGCUAGAAAUGUGAUCAAAAUCCAUUUUUAUGCAGAAACUAAGUCAAAAUAUUGAUUUUUUUUUUCACUAAAAAUGAGACUGUCUGCCUUUUUUGGU